AUGGAAUCCCUCAAAUCUGGCGCGGCGUACGUCUCCAACUCUGCCCAGAGCGCCGGGCAGUCCGCUCAGAACGCCGUCAGCGGUACCGACAAAUGGAACGCCAUGACCGAAGAGCAGAAGAAGCAGGCGUACGAGAACCUGCCCGCGGAACAGAAACAGGGCAAGACAUACAUGGAAUGGAUCCAGGAAGGAUACCAGCACCAGAAGGAGAACUGGAUGCCAUGGAUCGAGGACAUGUAUCUGAAGUGGUUCACCAACGACAACAAGGCCAGCUAUGCUACGAAAGGUGAGCCGAAGCGUCUGGCGGAGGCGAGGGCGACGUGAGAGGGAUAUGUGCUGACUGAUGUUUUGCUUGCUUCAGAUACCUUGGACAAGUCUAAGGUUACGGGGGUCGAGCAGGUUGAUACUCUGCAGGAUAGCGUGAACAAUGCGGUCGGACAGCAGGUUGGUAAGGGCGGUGUGUUGCAGCCUGUAGGCGACAUGGCGAGCAAGGAGGGCGUCAACCGCGCCGAGCGUGGAGGCAAAGACGACUCCGGCUCCUACGGCGGCGCUGCGGGUGACUCCGUCAUGAGUGGCGCUCAGGGCGUUGGGAACACACUCUCAUCCGGUGCGCAGGGCGUCGGCGGCGCUCUCGGUCUUGGUGGUAAGAAGUAGGGCGAGGCCCAUCCAGAAGCAGCAGUAGCAAUCCGGAUUUGAGGGAAGCGAGACUCUUGGGAAUGAGUUCAGAUUGUCAUUAUGGUAACGACAGAACAUUACGAUGCAUGAGACAGUCUUCCAUGUGAAAGUAGGGUAUUCCAUAUAUUUCAUUGGCGCCGCUCUUUCCUGCCUUUGUAUUCACCUCAUCGUCAGUGCGUUCGGCGCUAGUGGUGUCGCCAGCGGGCCGAAAUGACUGGACUUCAUCUUUCGGGACACCGCGACUUCGAAAACUUCUUCUACGACUCACUUGCAGCACCAAAACCACGAGCAAUUGACAGGCCGCAAGACCACGCGCCUGCGUCAACUGCGACUAAGCACGCUCCACAAAGGGCAAGAGAAAAAAUCUGAAAGCUUCAGCUACAAAAUUUACGACGACCCACCCAGAGCUUUUUGUCACCAGCUUAGGCUCUCUUACAUCCAAGCAUCCGGAAGAAUAUUCUACUCCGCAAGCAUCUGCGCAUACUCUCCCAAAUGCCAGGUCGAGGUGGUCGAGGAGGCGGAGGUCGCGGCGGCCCGCUUCCACGCCCAGUGCAAGUGUCGAAGAAGAUCUCCUGGCUUUUGCGCCACGGCGCGGCCGAGGAAGGCCUCACCUUACUUCCAGGUGGCUUCUUACCGGUCGACCAACUGCUCUCCAAUCGCAAGAUUCGCUCGUUGAAAGUCACCCUGGAUGAGGUCAGGGAAAUCGUGACGGACAACGACAAGCAGCGGUUCACCAUGGUUCAUGUUUCUCAAGUCGAUCCAACGACAGGCGCAGUUCAGGAAAGUGUGGAAAUCUCAGAUGAGGGAGAUGGCACGGUCGAGCCAAAGGAAUUUCUGAUCCGAGCGAAUCAAGGGCACUCGAUCAAGGUCGAGUCGGAAGGGUUGCUCAAACCCAUCACGGAUGAAAAUCGGCCGGAGACGGCCGUCCAUGGCACCACACAUUCUGCUUGGCCGAAGAUUGUCGCCUCUGGAGGCCUGAAGCCGAUGGGUCGUAACCACGUGCAUUUGGCCUCUGGAUUGCCUGCUGGGUUCACCUCACUCUCCCCGAUCAAUACUUCAGAGACUGCCACAGCUCCCGUGAUCUCAGGAAUGCGCAACUCGAGCACCAUCCUCAUUUUCAUUGACCUGGAGAAGGCUAUGGCAGCAGGUGUCAAGUUUUGGCUGAGCGACAAUGGUGUGAUUCUGAGCGAGGGGAAUGAGAACGGUGUCGUUCCGCUGGAGGUGUUCAAGAGGGUGGAGGACAGGACUGGAGAGGGAUUGCUUGUCGAGGACGGCAAGAUUGUCAAAGAAGCGCCGGUGAAGUGGAGCGCGAAGGCGUGA